CUCACUUGAGAUAACGGCUUCCUUAAUUUUAUUUUUCUUUUUUUGACACUGGGUUUUUCUGUGUUGCCCUGGGUGUUCUGCAUUCUCUCUGUAGUCCAGGCUGGCCUCGAACUCAGUCCCGCCACCCUCUGACUCCCUAGUUGAUUAUGUCAAGAAAGUAAAUUUUCUUUAUAGUCUGGGGAAAGUUCAUCAUGACUCAAUUUUCUGUUAGAAGAUAGGUUUAAUGACUUAAAAUUUGUUGACUACAGUUUAGUUUUGGCUUGGAAAUGGUGUAUUUGCCUUGGUGUGAUGUUUAUGGUCUAGCUAUUAACCUGUUUGGGCUAAGAGUACACAGAACCAAAUAUCAACCAUACACUUUUUAUUUAUAAAUAACAACUAGGCCUUAUUAAACUUUAGAAAACUACUCGUGGUUGGUAGAAUCGACAGGCUGCAUUGUUUUGUUACGAGAUAAAAUGACAGUGUGAACAGUCCUUUUUAAAAAAAGAAUAGAAAUGGAAUCCCUCAAAUCAGAGAUGUUGUAGAUGCUUUCCAAUACCUGUAAUGACACAAUUUUCUCUUGUUUUUAACUUUUUAAAUUGCUAUGUAUAUAACAGUAGCUACUGUUUCCAAGCAUUUAAUCCUUUAUAUAUGGCUCUAAGUAUUCUACAUUGGAUUAAACUUGGAUAUUUUCAUUUUCAUAAAGCAGUAACUAAUAUUAUUAGCUAAUGUUUUGAGUAUUCUACUAGUAGAGUACAGCUUUAAGAGUUUUACCAAUAUUAUUUACUUAAUCUCCAUCACAAUCUUAUUAUCAUUUCUUUAAUUGCAAUCAACAAGUUCCAUGCUUUGGAGAAGGUAGUUUUUGCUGCUUUCUAACUUUAGUUUUGAACUCAUUGAAGUAAGCAUUGAAUAGAAUUUGUUUCCAGUGUGACCCCAGUCUUAAGCUGUUUUCUUAUUGUGUUUAAAAUAUUUCUGUUUAUCUAUGUGUAUAUGCUCUUCCUGUGUGUAUGCCACAUGUAUGUGGGUACCAACAGAGGCCAGUAAAAAUCAGAUCCCAUGGAGCUGGAGUUACAGGUGGUUGUGAGCUUCCCAGUCUGACUACUGGAAACCAAACUUGAAUUCUUUGGAAGAUAAACAAUUGCUCUUAAAUGCUGAGCCAUCUCUCCAGCCUUGUAGUUCAUGUGAUUUUUGUCCCUGGAGUUUUGGAUUGUGUGUUUGUGUGUGAUGUUUUCCUCCAUCGUUGUCCACUUUGUUCAUUGAGUGACCCUCCACAGUGUUUCUUACUGGACCUGAGACUCACUGACUUCAGCCAGUCUAGCUAGGCUGCUAGUUGUUAAAAUGGCAGGUGAAGAAAUGAAUGAGGACUAUCCUGUAGAAAUUCACGAAUCUUUAUCAGCCCUGGAGAGUUCCCUGGGUGCUGUGGAUGACAUGCUGAAGACCAUGAUGUCUGUCUCCAGAAAUGAGUUGUUACAGAAGUUGGACCCACUGGAGCAAGCAAAGGUGGAUUUAGUUUCUGCAUACACAUUAAACUCCAUGUUUUGGGUUUAUUUGGCAACCCAAGGAGUUAAUCCGAAGGAACAUCCAGUGAAGCAAGAACUGGAAAGAAUCAGAGUCUACAUGAACAGAGUUAAAGAAAUAACAGACAAGAAAAAGGCUGCCAAGCUGGACAGAGGUGCUGCCUCAAGAUUUGUCAAAAACGCGCUCUGGGAACCCAAACAGAAAAAGACACCAAACGUUGCUAGUAAAGGAAAAAGUAAACAUUAACUUUUUGGUUUUGAUGGACAUGUUUCCAAAAAGUACAUCGUUUUUAUCAGUUUACAAAACAGGUAGUUACGUGGCAAUGUGAGGUUUAAAUGGAUUCCUUUUUGAAUUCAUAUAUAAAUUUAAACAUUAAAUUUGGGAUACUGAAUCUUUUUUUGCUGAGAAAGAUUAAGUUGUCCUUAUUGAUUUUCAUAUAGAGCAUCAUGUUUUUAAUAUUGUAAGAUAUUCUGUAAGCAAUUGUGGAAUCCAAAUGUUCUUUGUAAACAUUUGUAGUGUUUUAAGUGAAUAAUGAUAUUAUGAAAUGUGCUAUCUGUAGACUGGAGUUAUCAGGACAUCUGUUUCUACUAAUGAUGAUAAAUGCAAUGACUUAAAUACCCACUUUGUUUUCUGUUUAGUUAGUUCAACAUGGUUCUGUGAUUUUUGGAGUAAUUGCUUUCUUGAUAUUCAAAGUGCAGAAUUGAAACCUUAAGGCUGUCCUUUAAUUCUUCAUGUUCCAUUUACAAUAAAACAUUCUCAUUACCACUGGUGGAAACUGA